AUGCAAGGGGAGGGUUCAGAUGUAUCUUUGGCAAGAAAUAAUGAUUUACCUUCUUUUGCAGAGAUUUAUAGAGUACUUAAGCCUGGUCACUGUUUUGCGGCCUACGGGUGGUGCUUGACCGAUCACUUCGAUCCCAGGAACGAAAAGCAUCGAAAACUUAAGGCUGACUUUGAACUUGGUUCCGGUGUCCCAGAUAUAGGAACUACAAGCCAUUCCCUUGAAGCCUUAAAGCUUGCAGGGUUUGAGGUUGUGUGGGGGAGAGAUCGUGCGUUGGAUUCUCCUGUGCCAUGGUAUUUGCCCUUGGAUACGAGCCAAUUCUCCAUAAGUAACUUUCGAUCAACAGCCAUUGGACGUUGGAUUACUAGAUCUAUGGUUAGUCUGCUAGAAUAUGUGGGACUUGCUCCAGCAGGUAGUGCAAGAGUCCAUUCAGUCCUAGAAUUGGAAGCCGACACACAUGCCGAAGGUGGAAGGGAAGAAAUUUUUACACCGAUGUACUUCUUCCUUGCCCGGAAGCCUCUUUCAAAAUCUUGAGGUGCAAUUGGCAAAACUCUAGCUGUGGCCUUUCUGAGGUUUGUCAGCCGUGGCUUAGCUUGAUGAUCGUGGGCAUUGGUUAUGAUUAUUUAUGUAUGUAUUUGUGUUCGUAUGUAUGCGUGUCUGCGUAUAUGCUUUAGCUGUGAGUGAGAACUAUGCUAGCCUCCUCCUAUGAAAGUAUCUAGUUCGUAUUCUGCCAGCAUGUGAGCUUUGUAAUUGUUAUACGUAAUGAAUAUGAGUACUGAAAAUAUAUCUGAGAUGGGACCA